AUGGCAAAUCAAACGGCAGUCACCACCGCGCAAGCUCCUUCUCUGCGUCUCUUCAGUAAGGUUUCAGCAAGACCAGGAGAUUCUAAGUUGAUAUUUAGGCUAAUCCAUUUCUGGGAAGCUAGAAACAAUUCGAAUGAAGGCAUACUACUUGGGUUCGAUAUGCUGAUUAUUGAUGAAGAACUAUGUGUUGAUGCCUUAUUUUCUUCCGAAUUCCUAAUUGUAUGGCUGUCGAUAAGUACUGUAGCUCAGGGAUUCAUCCCUAAAAACCGUCUCAGCCGAUAUGAGAAUGAUCUCGGACAUGGCUGCAUCUACACUCUCACAAACUUCUUUGCAUCCAACAACAAGGUGAUGUACUGUGUGGAUAAUCAGAAGCUGUACUUCACCACUCUUAGUCAUCACCUGAUCAAUAGUUAUUCUUCAAGGUUGGCUGCGAAUCCGCCUGCUGCUUCUUCAGUCAACAAGGUAGAGAUAGUUAAAGUUGAAACGCUCAAAAUGCGUGGGAAUGCUACCUUCAUCAAGCGUGAACCUCAAAACACCUAUGCUACCUUAAUUGCCUACUUUGACUGCAUUGCCACAACCGAUGAUGUUAAGCUUGGCACUGAGUGGUAUUUCAUUGCUUGCAAGGAUUGUCAAACAAAGUUAAACCAGGGACCUACAACUUUCAUAUGUCCAAAAUGCAGAAAUGAAAAUGCUACUGCAAUAGCCAACUUCCGGGUGGAAUUAUCCGUCUAUGAUAAUGAGGAGCAGUCCAUGUUCAUCAUUCUUGGAGAUGCUGGAAAAGAGCUGAAAAGCAGAAGAGAAACAGAGUUAAUCGAUAAAUAUGCAGAGGAAAAUGGUGGCGAUGGUGCUGAGCAUGAGGUCCCACUACCACAAUGUUUCAUCGAUACCAUAGUACAGACACACAAAUUCAGGAUCAAGGUGGCCCACUUCAAUUUCACAUCGAAGAUGACCUUGACUGUUACAAAAUUAGUCUCCCCAGCAGUCCUACCUCCUAAAGACCGACCAGCUGACAUGUCAGCUCUGCCUCCAGCCAGUGAGCUCACGCUCCUGUUAAGCAUUCUCUACGGAAGUUUCCUCUGCCGCAUCCUCACCGACGACCGAUUCCACGCUUACAGACAAAUGAAAAUCGUUGCCCUUGCUAUCAGCCAAUUCCCCCGUGUUAUUAAAAUCCCUAACUCGAUUGAGAUCCACACCAACCGCACCACCCAAGACCUUACGAUGAGCUUUUAUCGCCGCAUCCAAGAAUUUUGGGCCGAACAGCGAACUCCCGCGGUAUCCGGAUUGGUCAUCACGCCUUUUCCCUUCUCGGAGUCCGAGAACCACCGAGGGAUUGACAUAAUUGGAUCACUGAACGACCAAGCAAUCGAUCUCAGUCAGAAACCGGAAUAUGAUACAAAAACAAUACAGAGGCGGCGACGGCUGAUCUGA